GACAUUUCCAAGUUCCCAGACAAAGAUUAUACAGUGCUGGGUGAAGGUGGAAUCAUUCUGAGCGGAGGCCAGCGAGCACGCAUUUCACUAGCAAGAGCAGUGUACAAGGAUGCUGAUUUGUAUCUCCUGGAUUCUCCUUUUGGACAUUUAGACAUUUUUACAGAAAAAGAGAUAUUUGAAAGCUGUGUGUGCAAGUUGAUGGCGAAUAAAACUAGGAUCUUGGUUACGUCAAAACUGGAACACUUAAAGAUUGCUGACAAAAUAUUAAUUUUACAUGAGGGGAGCUGCUAUUUCUAUGGAACAUUUUCUGAACUUCAGGGUCAACGUCCAGACUUCAGCUCAGAGCUGAUGGGAUUUGAUUCUUUUGAUCAGUUCAGUGCAGAGAGAAGAAAUUCAAUUCUAACCGAGACUCUCCGGCGAUUUUCCAUUGAAGGAGAAGGCAUGGGAUCACGAAAUGAAAUAAAGAAGCAAUCUUUUAAACAAACAUCAGAUUUUAAUGACAAGAGGAAGAACUCUGUAAUUAUUAACCCCAUUAAUGCAAGUAGGAAGUUCUCAGUAGUGCAGAAGAAUGGGAUGCAGAUCAAUGGGAUAGAAGAUGGCCACAACGACCCACCAGAAAGGAGGCUCUCACUGGUACCUGACUUGGAGCAGGGAGACAUAGGUCUGCUCCGGAGUAACAUGCUAAACACUGACCACAUGCUGCAAGGUCAGAGGAGGCAAUCUGUUUUAAACCUGAUGUCGGGCACCACUGUGAACUAUGGACCAAACUUUUCCAAAAAGGGAAGUACAUCAUUUCGGAAAAUGUCUAUGGUGCCUCAGACAAACCUUUCUUCUGAGAUAGAUAUCUACACUAGGCGCUUGUCUCGAGACAGUGUCUUGGACAUAACUGAUGAAAUCAAUGAAGAGGAUUUGAAGGAAUGCUUCACUGAUGAUGCUGAAAGCAUGGGCACUGUUACCACAUGGAAUACCUAUUUCAGAUACGUUACCAUCCACAAAAACUUGAUUUUUGUUCUAAUUUUGUGUGUUACCAUCUUCUUAAUUGAGGUAGCUGCUUCUCUUGCUGGAUUAUGGUUUCUUAAAAAGACAGCUUUGAAAGCGAAUGCAACACAGUCAGACAACAGUACCUCUGACAAACCUCCCGUGAUUGUCACUGACACCAGCACCUACUACAUCAUUUAUAUCUAUGUGGGAGUGGCAGAUACCCUGCUUGCCAUGGGAAUCUUCAGAGGCUUGCCCCUUGUGCAUACACUUAUAACAGUGUCUAAAACUCUUCAUCAAAAGAUGGUGCACGCAGUUCUUCAUGCACCUAUGUCAACAUUCAACUCUUGGAAAGCAGGUGGUAUGCUUAACAGAUUUUCAAAAGACACGGCGGUACUGGAUGACUUACUUCCACUUACAGUAUUUGACUUCAUUCAGUUAAUACUGAUUGUGAUUGGCGCUAUAACAGUAGUCUCAAUAUUACAACCCUACAUCUUCCUGGCAUCAGUGCCUGUGAUAGCAGCCUUUAUUGUGUUAAGGGCAUACUUCCUCCACACUUCUCAGCAGCUGAAACAACUGGAAUCUGAAGCUCGGAGUCCAAUAUUCACCCAUCUUGUUACAAGCUUAAAAGGGCUGUGGACGCUGAGAGCUUUUGGACGGCAGCCGUAUUUUGAGACCUUAUUUCACAAAGCCCUGAACCUUCACACAGCAAACUGGUUUCUCUACCUGUCCACGCUGCGCUGGUUCCAGAUGAGGAUAGAAAUUAUUUUUGUUGUCUUUUUUGUUGCUGUGGCAUUCAUCUCUAUCAUAACUACAGGUGAUGGACCAGGUAGAGUUGGCAUUAUUCUUACUUUAGCUAUGAACAUCAUGGGAACCUUGCAGUGGGCAGUAAACUCAAGCAUAGAUGUCGAUAGUUUGAUGCGGUCUGUCGGACGCAUAUUUAAAUUCAUCGAUAUGCCAACAGAAGAGAUGAAAAACAUUAAGCCACAGAAGAAUAACCAGUUUUCAGAUGCCCUGGUAAUUGAAAACAGGCACGCAAAGGAAGAAAAGAACUGGCCAUCCGGGGGCCAAAUGACUGUGAAAGACCUGACAGCCAAAUACAGUGAAGGAGGAACUGCUGUGUUAGAAAACAUUUCUUUUUCAAUAAGUUCAGGGCAGAGGGUGGGCCUUUUAGGAAGAACUGGUUCAGGAAAAAGCACUUUACUUUUUGCAUUUUUAAGACUGUUGAAUACAGAAGGGAAUAUUGAGAUUGAUGGAGUCUCCUGGAACACGGUCAGCGUGCAGCAAUGGAGAAAGGCAUUUGGAGUCAUUCCUCAGGUAAUGAAAUUAUU